UCAUCCACGUCUCUAUCAAUCCGUGGCGGUGAAAGUUCUAGAGAGAGUUUAUGGUUGUGCAAUAAAUGUCGCUUCUUUCGAGGAAGAUUAGCACACGUUUCGUGAAGGAUGAAAUCACAUUCCACGCAUUUGUAGCAUGGAUCACCGUUGAUGGCAAGAAUGCAACACCGACAACGCAUGUAAACAUUAUCUGUAACAUAAUUCUCAUCCAACCUGAUGAGAACAUGUUCUUCAUGACUAAAAUGAACGAUAUCUCCCUUUUCAUUAAUUACAUUGAAUGGAUCUUCGAUAUCUUCUACUUCUUCAGGCACAUCUUCGAGUUCUAACUCAUCCCACACUUCUU